ACCCAGCGGACAUUAGGCUACAUUACAUCAGCGUGUAGAAAGUAGCCUGCAGGAGUAGCUUGUUUUAGAGCUUGAUCCGCUCAAGUAACGCGCUGGCCUGAGGCUUUUUAGUGUGAGCAUUAACAGUUGCCAUACCUCUCAGAAUGUCUGAAAGUUUAUUUGAAUCUGUCGAAAAGACGUUAGAAGCUCAUAUCCCUGAAGCGGAACUCAAAGAGAUUAAGCGGAUUUUAUACGGAAAAGAACUCAAGAAGUUAAUCCUGCCUCAGAUUGCAGUGGAUGCAGCACAGGACAGGGAUUUUGAUUUGCAGGGGUAUGUGUUUGAGGCAGCACCAGAGCAGCUCAGGCCACCUAGGAUUGUCCGUGUGGGACUCAUCCAGAACAAGAUAGUUCUUCCCACUGAUGCUCCUGUGCUUGACCAGAUUACAGCUCUUCACAAGCGAGUAGGUGAGAUGGUGGAGGUAGCUGCUAUUUGUGGAGUCAAUAUAGUCUGCUUCCAGGAAGCCUGGACAAUGCCUUUUGCCUUCUGUACAAGAGAGAGGGAGCCAUGGACAGAAUUUGCUGAAUCUGCUGAAGACGGUUUCACCACACGCUUCUGCAAAGAGCUGGCAAAAAAGUACAACAUAGUAGUAGUGUCCCCCAUUUUGGAGAGGGAUGAGAUUCAUGGAGGAACACUGUGGAACACGGCAGUUGUGGUGUCGAACAGUGGGAAUGUCCUGGGAAAAAGCCGAAAGAAUCAUAUUCCACGUGUGGGAGAUUUCAAUGAGUCGGCAUAUUAUAUGGAGGGCAACACAGGACACCGUGUCUUUCAGACACAGUUUGGAAAAAUAGGUGUGAAUAUCUGCUUUGGCCGCCAUCACCCUCUUAACUGGUUCAUGUACAGCAUGCAUGGAGCUGAGAUCAUCUUCAACCCUUCAGCCACAGUGGGAGCUCUCAGUGAACCAAUGUGGUCAAUUGAAGCAAGAAAUGCUGCCAUUGCCAACCACUGCUUCACCUGUGCCAUCAACAGAGUUGGGACGGAAUAUUUCAAGAAUGAGUUCACAUCUGGAGAUGGGAAGAAAGGACAUCAUGAAUUAGGCCACUUUUAUGGCUCCAGCUACGUGGCUGCACCUGAUGGAAGUCGAUCCCCAGGUCUAUCCAGAAUCCAUGAUGGGUUACUGGUCGUUGAACUAGACUUGAACCUAAACCGGCAAAUUGCAGACAUGUGGAACUUCAAGAUGACAGGGAGGUAUGAUACGUAUGCAGAGGAACUCACCAAGGCUGUCCGAGAUGACUUCAAGCCCAAUAUUGUUAUGGAGUAAAUUUAUCAGGAACUGGUCCCAAGACCACAGAAAACUUCUUGGGCCCUACACCUUCACACACCCACACACAGCUUUACUGGAUAGCUUUUUGUUUGUGGUGUAUGAAUGAACAUUUUGUUGUCGGAAAAGCUGGAGUUUCUAGAUGUUUAUGUUUUCGCUGGUUACGCUUCAAAUGAUGACGGUGUUAUAUGUAACAAUGUGGCAGCUCCAAAGAACAGACUAUGCAUUAGUAAUUAAAAUGAUCAUGUUUUAAUGUUUUGAUCAUUGCACUGUUACAUUUAAAAGUUUGCAACAUUAACAUUGAGUUCUCAAAAAAAUACACAACCUGAAAUUAUUGAAAACAAGCUAACCCCUUCAUCCAUAUUUUUAAAAAUGUGUAGAAAACAUUUAUCCUUCAUGAGUCAACAUUAAAUUAACAUAUAGUAAAGGAAGUGGGACACAACAGUGCAGUCAUUUAUUCCAUGUUGUCAAAAAUGUUUUUAAUAAGGAAAUUUGCCAUUGAUGAGACAACUGUCGAAAUAAAGAUCUGUGAUAAACUCCC